AUGUUAAGCGUGGAGUCGUUGCAAGUGGCUGAGGAGGAGGUGGUUGAAUCCAGCUCCAAUAAACUCGGUGACAUUUACACUUUUGUGGCUAAAGGCUGCUUUCCUCAGACAAUGAAUCCUUUACGAAAGAAGAAUCUCAAAAGAUACGCCCAGAAAUUUAUCAUUGAUGAGGGAAAGCUGUACUAUGUGGGACCCAAGAAAGAAGAGAAGAGGGAAGUGGUGAUUGAGGCUGAGAGGAAGAGGCAGAUUUUUCUUGACUGCCACUUUAAUGACAUCGGUCAUCACCUGGGCCAAAAGAAGACUGUCCACCGGAUCCAGAGCAAGUACUACUGGCUGGGGAUCGUCAAAGAUGUAGUGGAUUGGAUAAAAGUAUGUGAGACCUGUCAGCAAACAGAGAGGAAUAAAAGCCUGGCAAGGACUGUCCGGCCUAUAAAAGUGGACGCACCUUGGGACAUUGUUGGGAUUGACAUUAUAGGGCCUUUCCCAGAGUCGCGGCAAGGCAACACCAACGUCACAGUCCUCAUUGAUUACUUUAGUAAAUGGCCAGAAGCUUUUCCAGUGCAAAAGACAGAUGCGCUCUCUGUUGCCAGAUGUAUUUCCAAAUGCAUAUAUCGGUUUGGUGCCCCUAAAACAGUAGUGUGCACGCAGAAUGCUGACUUCUGUGAUGAGGUGACGAAGCUGCUGUGCGAAAGGUGGAGCAUCGUGCAGAAGGUUUCCCGUCUGGAUCAACCUCAGCUCAACCCGCUCCACGACUGCACAAGUCCGUUACUGAAGGAAGCCAUUGUGCAGAUGGUAACAGAGAAGCAGGAUGAGUGGGACGACUUCCUGGACCCCGUCCUAUUUCUGUUUAGGACGUCCACCAACCCUACGACCAAGUUCACCCCUUACUCCCUCAUGUUCAACAGGAAGGCUAAUUUACCAAACGAGACUACAUUGAGCCUGCUGAAUUAUGAUGAGCUAGAACAGGAUAUGUAUUCCAUUAAGGAGAAGGCCUCGACAUACAUGACCAUAAUGCAGGAGCAGCAGAACUCAGUGAAGCAACUGGUGAUCGCGAACAUGAACACAGCCUACAAACAAGAGAAGAAGAAGAAGAACGCCAAACGCAGGACACAUAACAUGCCCUCGAUGACCUUCAAAAUGGCAGAUCCCCUGUUCGGCGCGGGAGACUCGCCCUCCCCGAAGAAACUGAAAGAGAGUUUAUAUUUGUCUUUUCCUGUUGAGACGGUGCUGGCCACCGAGCAAAGCAGCUCCGAAGACAUAAAGACUGAGUUAGCCUAUCACUUAGCUGAAUCUGACGUCCACUGAAGGGGACAGUUUGGAAAGAUUGUAGUGAGGACACAUCAGUGGAGCACGACCAUACGUUGUCAUGAGACAGAAGAUGGAAAUCCAGCUGUUGGUGAAAUGAGUGUGAUGAGGAGUGCUACUAUGCUUCAUGUCAGCUGAACAAACUGCUGGCUGAUGUUUGACUUGUAGAUGAAUCUCACACGUAGAAACAGAAUCUGCUGGCCAAGUAAAUGGCAGUAAACACUGACCCUACAUGAAUUGUGAAUGUGAGCUCUUGCCUGUUUCCCUACAAAAUAACAUUGUUUCCCAUGAAAAUGAUGCUAACUUAUUUGUUUUCACUUUGUUAUACAAUCAAUUUUUAAGCUACAAUACUUUAAAAUGAAGGUUUCAUUUUUGUACCCAUAAUGUCUAGUCAGUACAUUAUGGGAAAUUAAAUAUUGCUUAUGAGCAUUUGUUACUGUA